ACGAAACCCUAGGCAGGCUGCUCCGAAGCCUUUUGAUUUGAGAAUCCAAAUCCAACUCGUCUUCCUCCGGUCCGGCCUUUCGCCUCUCCACAUCGUCGACGAGAACCGCAACGGCCGCUCGCCGCCGUUAAGUACAGGCUCCUACUUUAUGCGCCUUGGUUGCGUGCGUAUCCACUGGCAGUUUCCUCCUAAGGGGAUCUGUUUAUCGCGAUCAGUGCCGAGUUAAGAUCGAGAGGUAGGAGGAGCUUUUGCGGGAGUGGGGAUGGCUUCCGGCGGGAACCCGCAGUUCCGGUACACCCAGCCUCCAUCGAAGGUGAUACACGUGAGGAACCUGCCGUGGGAGUGCACGGACGAGGAGCUGACCGAGCUGGGGAGCCUCUUCGGCAAGGUCGUCAACACCAAGUGCAACGUCGGCGCCAACAGGAACCAGGCGUUCAUCGAAUUCGCUGACCAAAAUCAGGCAAUUGCUAUGAUAUCAUAUUAUGCAUCAUCAGCCGAGCCAGCACAGGUAAGAGGCAAAAAUGUGUACCUUCAGUACUCCAAUAGACAGGAGAUUGUCAACAGCAAGAAUACCGGGGAUGCUGCAGGCAAUGUUUUGCUAGUGACAAUGGAGGGUGUUCUGCCAGAUGCUGUGAGCAUAGAUGUUUUGCACCUGGUAUUUUCUGCUUUUGGAUAUGUUCACAAGAUUGCUACCUUUGAGAAGGCAUCUGGUUACCAGGCAUUGAUACAAUUCUCUGAUGCUGAGACUGCAUCAUCUGCAAAAGCUGCUCUGGAUGGCAGAUGCAUUCCUAGCUACUUGCUUCCAGAACUUGAUGGGUCCUGCACUUUAAGAAUAAAUUAUUCAGCACACUCUGUUCUAAAUGUCAAGUUUCAGAGUCACAGGAGUAGGGACUAUACAAACCCAUACCUUCCCCUUGCACCUUCUGCUAUUGAGGGAUCUGGAGUGGCCCAGGAUGGGAAAAAGGAGGAGGCAGAGAGCAAUGUUCUGCUUGCGUCAGUUGAGAAUAUGCAGUAUAUUGUUACAAUAGAUGCUCUUCAUGAGGUCUUUUCUGCUUUUGGGUUUGUACAAAAGAUUGCUAUUUUUGAGAAGAACUCUGGCUUCCACGCACUAAUCCAGUAUCCAGAUAUUCAAACUGCAGUUAAAGCAAAGGAAGCAUUAGAAGGACACAGCAUCUAUGAAGGUGGAUAUUGCAAGCUUCACCUCGCGUUUUCACGCCAUACCGAUCUUAAUGUUAGGAUCAAUAAUGAGCGAGGCCGAGAUUACACUGGGGGGAACAGUGCUCCAGCUAACCAUGAACCUUCCAUUCUUGGUCCUCAGCCAAUGCUUGCUGUUGGCUCUACAGCACCACCAUGCGCCAGCCAGGGAGUCCCACAAGGCUAUGGAGCCCCAGGGUUCCAGCAAGGCUCAAAUCAAGCUCAAAUGGCACAGCAUUCAGUCCAAGGAAAUCAACAGAUGCCCAAUCAUCAAGCGAUGUCAUUCCCUGGCCAUGGAAGGCAGCAGCUACCUCCAGGUCCUCAAAUGAUGCAAGGUCCAGGUUACAGAGGCCCGCCAUUUCCUCAAGGUCAUAUGCAAUCAAUGCCGCAGUUUCCGGUAUAUGGCAACCAGCAGUUUCCUCCUGGUGCCGGGCCGCAGAUGAUGGCCUUCCAGGGGCAGGGAGGUCAGUAUCCUCGAUUUGGUAGGCCGCUUCAUCCGUUUAAUCGCUAGCUAGCUUAUGUGUAUGUAAGAAACGCAUGUGCGAGUACUUGCCGGCGACCAUUUUAUUGUGGCUCCUGACUUCGUAGUUGUGUGCUCAGUUUUGGUGCACACUAGAUGACGCCCAACGCGUUGUUGCAGAAAUUUGUUGUGAAUUUUUGAAGUAACAUCCACAUAUCAAAUAAGACAACAAUUCAAAUAAA